GGCCGCUGCAGCGACCGAGAGGGCGCGCGGGACAAUGAGCUGGGCAGCUGCGCGCUGCGGCUGUCUUUAACUGGCUGAGCCGGCCCACCUGCGAGCGUGGCCGGAAUGCCCGAGCCAGGUGUCCCGCUGCUUUAAGGCCGGAGCGCCCAGAUCGCGCUGCGCUGCGGCCGGGGCGGUGGGGGACGUUCCUUUUAUUAAUUGAUUUAUUUGUGGAGAGGCUCUCCGAGCAGCCGCGAUGGCCAGCACUAGGAGCAUUGAGCUGGAACAUUUUGAAGAACGGGACAAAAGGCCGCGGCCAGGGUCGCGGAGAGGGGCUCCCAGCUCCUCCGGGGGCAGCAGCAUCUCUGGCCCCAAGGGCAACGGCCUCAUCCCUAGCCCGGCGCACAGUGCUCACUGCAGCUUCUACCGCACGCGGACCUUGCAGGCCCUCAGCUCGGAGAAGAAGGCCAAGAAGGCGCGCUUCUACCGGAAUGGGGACCGCUACUUCAAAGGCCUGGUCUUUGCCAUCUCCAGCGACCGCUUCCGUUCCUUCGAUGCGCUCCUCAUAGAGCUCACCCGCUCGCUCUCUGACAAUGUGAACCUGCCCCAAGGCGUCCGCACAAUCUACACCAUAGACGGCAGCCGGAAGGUCACCAGCCUGGACGAGCUGCUGGAAGGUGAGAGCUACGUGUGUGCCUCCAAUGAACCAUUUCGUAAAGUUGAUUACACCAAAAAUGUUAAUCCGAACUGGUCCGUGAACACCAAGGGUGGUGCAAGCCGAGCCUUGGCCGUGGCCUCUGUGAAAAGCGAGGUGAAAGAGAGCAAAGACUUCAUCAAACCCAAGUUAGUGACUGUGAUUCGAAGUGGAGUGAAGCCUCGAAAGGCCGUGCGAAUCCUUCUGAAUAAAAAGACUGCCCAUUCCUUUGAGCAGGUCCUAACGGAUAUCACCGAAGCCAUUAAACUAGACUCGGGUGUGGUCAAGAGGCUGUGCACCUUGGACGGAAAGCAGGUUACUUGUCUGCAAGACUUUUUUGGUGAUGAUGACGUUUUUAUUGCAUGCGGACCUGAAAAAUAUCGUUAUGCCCAAGAUGACUUUGUCCUGGAUCAUAGCGAAUGCCGUGUCCUGAAGUCGUCUUAUUCUCGAACCUCAGCAGCUAAAUAUUCUGGAUCCAAAAGCCCAGGGCCCUCUCGCCGCAGCAAGUCACCAGCUUCAGUAAAGAGGGCUGGCCACUCCAGUGCCUAUUCUACAGCCAAGUCCCCAGUGAAUGGAACUCCCAGCAGCCAGCUGUCCACUCCUAAGUCCACCAAGUCCUCCAGCUCCUCUCCAACCAGCCCAGGAAGCUUCAGAGGAUUGAAGCAGAUUUCUGCUCAAGGCAGAUCUUCUUCCAAUGUAAAUGGUGGACCGGAACUUGACCGCUGCAUGAGUCCUGAAGGUGUGAACGGAAACAGGUGCUCCGAGUCAUUCUCUCUCCUGGAGAAAUACAGAAUCGGGAAGGUCAUUGGAGAUGGCAACUUUGCAGUAGUUAAAGAGUGUGUGGACAGGUCUACUGGAAAAGAGUUUGCGUUAAAGAUUAUAGACAAAGCCAAAUGCUGUGGAAAGGAGCAUCUGAUCGAGAACGAAGUGUCUAUACUGCGGCGAGUGAAGCACCCCAACAUCAUCAUGUUGGUGGAAGAGAUGGAGACAACAACUGAACUCUUUCUAGUGAUGGAGCUGGUCAAAGGUGGAGAUCUCUUUGAUGCAAUUACUUCUUCAACUAAGUACACCGAGAGAGAUGGAAGUGCCAUGGUGUACAACCUGGCCAACGCCCUCAGAUAUCUGCAUGGCCUCAGCAUCGUACACAGGGAUAUCAAACCCGAGAAUCUUCUGGUGUGCGAAUAUCCAGAUGGAACCAAGUCUUUGAAGCUGGGAGACUUUGGGUUGGCCACAGUGGUUGAAGGCCCUUUGUACACGGUCUGCGGCACCCCGACCUAUGUGGCGCCAGAAAUCAUUGCGGAAACAGGUUACGGCCUGAAGGUGGAUGUUUGGGCAGCUGGAGUGAUUACAUACAUACUUCUCUGUGGAUUCCCACCAUUCCGGAGUGAGAACAAUCUCCAGGAAGAUCUCUUUGACCAGAUCUUGGCUGGAAAGCUGGAGUUCCCAGCUCCCUACUGGGACAACAUUACAGACUCUGCCAAGGAAUUAAUCAGUCAAAUGCUUCAGGUAAACGUUGAAGCUCGCUGUACUGCGGGAGAAAUUCUGAGUCACCCCUGGGUGUCAGAUGAUGCGUCCCAGGAGAAUAAUAUGCAAGCUGAGGUUACAGGUAAACUAAAACAGCACUUUAAUAAUGCGCUCCCCAAACAGAACAGCACCACCACCGGGGUUUCUGUUAUCAUGAACACGGCUCUAGAUAAAGAGGGGCAGAUAUUCUCCAGCAAGCACUGUCAAGACAGCAGCAAACCAGCGAGGGAGCGGACCUCACCAGCCCCUCCCUCAGCCCAGGAGGCCCCUCCCCCAGCGGAGCCUCUCACGCUGCCCCCUUGUCCUCCAGCCACCUCUGGCUGUGAUCUGGCAGGGACCUGGCGCCGCCACCGAGACUGAACCCUGUGUAGACAGGCCAAAGCUGCUCACCGUGCCAGGAAGGCCCCGUCUUCACCAGGCCUCAUCACCCCUUUGCUGAAAGGGCCUUUUUCUCCUGACUGCUGCUUUGACAGUUUGUUGGCAUGUUCUGUCACUGCCUGGGACCAGGGCUGGAGCAGCCCGGAGCCAGUGUGCAGCAUGGCCUCGUGCACUCUGGGCUCUGCCGUCUCUAGCUCCUGGCCAUGUCAAGCCACAUCAGUUGUGGAGACAUAUUUGGAGUGACCUGUUUGAAAUCAUCCGUGUUGUUUCUAGUUCAGUAGACACUUGGCCGCUUCACCCGGAGAACGUGCAGCCUUUAUCUGGACUUGCUUCACUCUGAUAGAAAUGCAUUGGAUGAACUAGGACUCUCCCGACUGAAGGAUCCUCCAAGCGCCCUCCUUCUCACAGAGGACACAGCCAUGGCCGUUACUUGGUAAUGUCUGGUGAGAGGCAACAUGGCCUCUUCCUCCUCUUAGCGGGCUCUGAAUAGAAGAGAUGAGUAGCCGGGAGGACCGCUGACCUCUGAUUCCUGACUUUGGGACGUGCAUUCUGACGGCCCAG